GUGGAAGAACACGGUGGGAGCCUGUGGUCUGAUGUUAAUCAGGUUCCUUCCCCAGACUCUGGCCUGUAUGACCCUCCCAAGGACUACUCUUCAUUUUGUAAAGAAAAUCAGCUGAAGUCUCAGGCACGCCCCCCCUUUUGCAAAGAAUAGACACACAGCCCCUUUUGCAAAGAAUAGACACACAGCCCCUUUUGCAAAGAAUAGACAGAGGCCUCAGGCCAGGACACUCACUACAAAAUUCCCUGCUGACCAGUAGAAGGGCACACAGGAGGCAGAGAAAGACCUUCGGACCCUACGCAACUGCUGAGACCUUCACCCCCUAAUUUCAUGUGACGUGUAGAUUUCUCAGGGCUCCAAAGAACGGACCCACCACCACCUGCCCGGCCCUCCUCUCCACCGCCUUUAAACACGGAGGGUCCCAGGCGCGCGCUCAGCAUCCUGGCUCCAUGAACCUCCAUGGCUGAGAUUUUGUCUCAUUUACUCGGCAGACAGCUCCAUCUCUGUCCAAAUCUCGCCCGCACAGCAGGUCCCGGUUCUUCCUGCCCCUCGGCGCCCAGGCCCCGCUCUGGCUCCCGCCCUUCCAGGAGCUCCGGGAUUUCCGAACUCCAGCCUUCGCGGGCCCCUGAGUCGCGGCGCAAAGCUGGGCGGCCCGGAAAGCCCGUCCCGGAGCUGGGGCGGCCAGUCCCGCCCGGCCCGGCUCCUCCUCGAGCGGCGCAGCUCUGCGGCCAGGUGGAGGGACGCGCGCCGGGGCUGCGGGGACCGGCGGGACAGCUAUGGGAGGGAGGCGGCGGCUCUGAGGGUUGAGGGUGAGGACCUGAAAGGGGCGGGAUGCUCGGGGCGCGGGGAGGGGCGCUGCGAAGCCGAAGCCGCCGCCCCACUCGGCCGAACCCUUCGGCGUCAUGCGGGGGUUCGUCCUAGUCCUGUGGGCUUUCCUGGGGGCUGCGGAGUUUGCCAGUGGACCGAUGGCGGCAGCUCUGAACCUGAGCUGUUACCACUGCUUCAAAGCAGACAGCUGGGACAAGUGCCGGCCAGCGCGGUGCCUCCCCACAGACGAGGUCUGCGUCUCUAACGAGGUGCUCUUUCUCGUGAGAUCCAAUGUGAGAGUUAUGCUCAGCAAGCGCUGUGCUCGCAGAUGUCCCACCAGCAACAGGAGGAUUCAGUGGUCGCCAGGACCCAGUGUGGAAGGCUUAAUCACCAGACGCUGCUGUUCCGGGAACCUCUGCAACAGGGCACCGCCCACACAGGCAGGGCUGUGGGCCCAGCCAAGGGGGCUACUGCUCCACGUGGGCCUCGGCCUCCUCUGGACCAUGUUGUGAGGAGCCUCACUGUGCAUCCCUCCACCCUGCCAGUCCAUCCUGUCCCCUGCCUCCAGGACACUGGAGUAGAGGGAAACUCCCUACCUGCCCCUCCCUGCUGGAGCGCCUUUGCUCCAGGGAUAAUGGGGAUAAUGGGCACUCUGGUCUGGCAACGGCUCUGCAUGUGAGGCUCCUUGCCCUGAGCACACAGUCCAGGGCCCUGGAAGGACAGAAGAGCCAGGAUGAGGUCUUGCCAUCUCUGGCCUCCUCUGCCCUAGGGCCCAGGCAGGAUGACUGUGUGCCCCCCCUCCCCCAGGCACUGGCACUGUGACAUUUACUCCUCCCAGAGAUAAUAAACGAUGUGCUCUUAUGUCCCUUGGCACCUGCUCCUCAGCAUGCCCGUUUGCCCCCCAGGCUCUCAGCAUGGCCUCUGAACUGGCCAGAUCUGGACAAAACCUUCCAACUGGGCUACAACCACACCAAGGACCUGGUUGUCCCUGUGUCCUGGGCACAGACCUGCUCAGAUCUAAGAUCCCUGAAGGGUGCUGAAUAGAGGUGGGAGGGCCCCAGGAGCAGGGUCUGCAGCAUGUUGGGGUUCGAGGACCUGUCUGGGUGGCCACUGUGGGGGGUAGGAGGUGAGACCUGAUGGUUGGAGCCUGGCCCAGAGAGGGUGGGCAUUGGAAAGCCUGCCUUCAAGUGAGGGCAGAGGGGAGAUACAGAGUGGGUGGUUGAGCUGGACACACCAGGACAUCCAAGGAUAUCCUGGGGCGUGCUGGGAGAUCCCUCUGCCCAGGGAUGAGGUAGGGGGUGUCAUUCCCAGGCAGUGGAGCCCCCAGGACAUAGGACAGCACUGAGUUCAUAGCCUGCUCCCCAUCCCAGGCCUCACUCCUGCCCUUCCUGUCUGCACACCUGCCUCCCCAACCCCUGCUCUAGGUUGUAACCUGCCCCCCAUGCACAUGUGUCCUGACUACCCUAGGGACCUAGGAGGGUGCAGCAUGAACUGGGUGUUGGCUCUCCUGUCUCCAGCAGGCCACAGGGCUAGCAAGGUCUCUCCAGACAAGAGUCCCCGAGUGACCAGGUAGGACAGGAUCUUCCUCCCCUGACCUUUCUUGCUGAAUAUCAACCCAUCUGCUCCCCUCACUGACCAGUCAGGACAAGUCCCUGGAAUGGGUUCCUGGUACAUUGGGACAUCAGGAAUCUCUGAAUCCCCAAGCCCUGGCAGCCAGCCAGGCCGGUGCUGAGGGGAGAUUAUCAGGGCUUGGCCUGAAGCCCCCUGUAUUCUGCACAGGUUCUGCACAGUGACCUGUCCAUGGUGAGGGCAUCCCUCCUCUGAACAAGAGCCCCAGGAGUUUAGGUGCCUUGGGCAACUGCUCAGCUGAAAUCAGAAACUUGGCUGAAUACAUGGAUUUUUUUUAAUAAAUUGAUUUUUUUUGAAAGAAAGAUGAAGAUGAAUGCCCAAAUGAAUUCUCCAGAAAUUAACGAGGAAGGCCUUCUUGAAUAAAUAGGUAAAUGCUUAGUGAGUGCUGCAGCCGGAAACAGUGGCUACAGAGGGCAUCAAGGGUGUGGAGGGAAGGUGGCGCCUGCCCACCACAAGGACCUUUCUGAAUGCAGGGUCACCAUGCAAUCUCUCCAGGACACCGGGGCCCUUCAUCUGUUACCUGAGUGACCCAAGCAACAUAUAGCAUGUGGGUGUGGAACUGGUCAAAUGUGGGUCUGAGCCUCCGGCAGGGCAGGGCAGGGCAGGGGGAAGGCCCUGGGAACAGGCUGGGAGAAUAGGGCAACUAAGGAAAAAUAAAACCAUUUAUCUGGCUGCAAAGCCCCGAUCAGUGGUUCUCAACCUUCCUAAUGCCGCAGCCCUUUAAUACAAUUCGCGACCCACAGGUUGAGAACCACUGACCCCUAUUUUUCUAUAUCCUAGGAAUAAUGCAA